AUGGCUGCCAGGAACGAAGACGAGGCUACCUUCGGCCCACUAAGGAUCCCCAACUCCUACGACUACGGUAACCUCGAUCGAGACACGAUAACCGAGGCAGAAACCUGGGGCCGACAAAGAUCAUCCUCGUUCUCGCGGAUUCGCCAGGCCGGCGGCCCGAACAGCAUCGACAAUUUCGCCCGCUCUUGGCAACGAGCUGCCUGCUUCCCAGAGGUCCUACCGCGACGCAAUUCCUUCAUUGACGCAGAAUCAGACGAUGAUAUUGCCAUUGCGACGGGUCAGGAUUAUGACUAUGCUUAUACACGUAGCUCCUUCCCAUCCAUUGGGCGGAAUUCCGAUAUAGAGCGCCCUCUUCUCUCGGAAGACUCUGACGACGCUAAUGAUCACGACGAUACCGACUCCGGUAGACGGAACAGAGGGGUUCCCAGCGCGGGACUCCUGGCUUCUUCUCUGGACCGAAGUUUCGCCGCCUCUUAUGGCACGAUUUCUUCACGGGUGAGCGAGUCUGCGCGACGGAAUGCGAUUAAAUUCCACCAGGAGCAGCAGGUUGGUGAUGGUCUGGGUGAUCCGGAUCGGGAGCCGUUGCUUUUGAAGCAUGUUCAGCACGAGGAUGGGACACAGGAGGAUAUUGUGGUCGGGCAGUCUACUGUUCCCCAGACGAUUUUCAAUUCGGUCAAUGUGCUUAUUGGGAUCGGGCUGUUGAGUCUUCCCUUGGCGAUGAAGCAAGCUGGCUGGCUACUGGGACUCAUGUUCCUGGUAUACUCCGCUCUAACUACCUCUUACACGGCCAAAAUUCUGGCCAAGUGUUUGGAUGUGGAUCGCACUCUUGUCACGUAUGCGGAUCUGGCGUAUAUCAGUUUUGGUCAGCAGGCGCGGUUGCUCACUAGCUUUCUCUUCUGUUUGGAAUUGCUCGGGGCUUGUGUUGCGUUGGUUGUGCUCUUUGCGGACAGUUUGUACGCCUUGAUUCCUAGUCUUAGUAUUCUGGAAUGGAAGAUUGUUUGUGGGAUUGUCUUGAUCCCGCUGAACUUUCUGCCGCUGCGGUUUCUCAGCGUGACCAGCAUUUUGGGCAUCGUUUCUUGCACAUCGAUCGUGCUCCUCAUUUGUGUUGAUGGUUUGAUUAAACCUGAUUCGCCGGGUUCCCUGCGCCAGCCAGCCAAAACGACUAUAUUCCCUGAGAACUGGGCUACUUUGCCUCUGAGUUUUGGUCUAAUUAUGUCUCCCUGGGGUGGCCAUGGUGUCUUUCCCAAUAUCUACCGCGACAUGCGUCAUCCACGAAAGUAUGGAAAGAGCCUGUGGGCCACUUAUAUAUUUACAUUCUCACUCGACUGCUCCAUGGCCAUCAUCGGAUGGCUGAUGUUUGGAGACAGCGUCCACGACGAAGUCACCGCCAACAUCCUCAGCUUGGACGAGUAUCCGAAAGCCAUAUCAAUCUGUAUUAUAAUAUUCAUCGCCAUCAUCCCGCUGACCAAAGUCCCAUUAAAUGCUCGACCUUUGGUGGCAACCUUUGAAGUCCUCUGCGGCGUGAAAGCCCCAGGACACGGUCAACCCGGCGAAAACGAGCAGAAAUUCCUCCGAAUCGCAGUUCGUGUUUUCACCGUCGCUCUCACCGUCAUUUUGUCCAUUAUUUUCCCGUCCUUUGACAGGAUCAUGGCGUUCUUGGGAUCAUUCUUGUGCUUUACCAUUUGCAUCAUAUUCCCACUUGCAUUUUAUUUGAAGAUCUUCGGCAAGGAGAUCAGUCGGCGCGAGCGAAUUUUCGAUUGGUUCUUGUUGAUCACAUCCACGAUUUUGGCGGCUGUGGGAACUGUUUGGGCAUUCUUGCCCCGCGAGUUGAUUUCUGGCAAUUAG